CAUAACUACAGCAAAAAUAGAGCAACAAUGCCGACACACUUUGCAAUUUCAUUGUUUGCAAUAUCCAAUGCCUACGCUAUAAGAAAUAAAUUAAAUUUUUAUGAUAUUGAAAUAAAUGGAACGACAAAUGAUUCGUUUUAUACAAAUGACACAAUCGAAGAUCGUAGUAAUUUCCAUACGUUAAAUUACAACAAUAUGAGUAGUAUAGAAUUGUACACAAACUUUGUACCCUUUCUAUUAAAUAUAUCAAUGAAACUCCUUAAAAAUGUUCACGAAAACAUUAAAAAUUAUUACGAAUUGAACACUGAAGAUAUAAAAAUAAUCGAAGCCGCAUCUGGAUCAAGUAACUUAGAAUAUCAAUCAAUGUUGAGAGAAAAUUUAAACAAAAUGAAUAGAAUGAAAUAUACCUCCCCCGAGAUUUUAUUGUUAGAUGUAACAGAUUUCUCCAACUAUUUAUUACAAACACUCAUAGAGAGUCGACUCCACAAAGCGAGUGAUAAUUUAUUACAACCAAGUAAAUGGUAUAAGAAUAUACUCAAGUACAGUAUUUUGCGACAGCAAAUGAAAAUAAUUAUCAAUGAAAUAGAAGUCAACAUAUGUUAUAAAUUUUCUUUAUGUGUUCAAAAGUCUGAUUAUACCGAAUAUUUAAUUGAAUGGUUACGUCACCUUUUCAACGCGGAUAACGUUAAAUUAAAGUCAUUUUUUCAUGCAAUAUCAAAUUUACUGUACAAGAAUAUGUUCGGAAUUAAAACAAAUGCAAAGUUUCGUCAGAAAAUAGGAAACAUUUUAAAAUCUGAUUCAUAUUAUCAACGAAGCUUUGUCGAUAUUCUGGACGAAACUUUGUCGGAGCAUGACAUAAUAAAAAUUGUAAAUGAGGAACUACGUAAAUUCGUCAUUCUUUUAAAAGAACUGUUCAAAGUUAUCGACGAAAAUUACCAAUUGAACGAUUUGAAUGACAGUAAAUUAGAACAUUUUUCUAAGCAAUUUUGGCUGUGGAUUGACAAUAAAAAUAUAGACAUAAGACCAGUACUAAAAGAUGUUGCCGACAAUAUGUUGCAAAAUGUACGAAUUUGGCCAAUUGAUGCUCAGAACAAAUUGGAUAACAUCUGGACAAAAAUAUUAACUUUAGAAUAAUCAUUUAACUAAAAUUGUAUAACCACAAAAUAUAGUUAGAUCUUAUUUGUAUUAAUGCGAUUGGAUUAUUUCAAGAAAAUAACCGCAUAGAAUAACAGAAGAACAGAUGAGACCCACUUUUAUACAACAAUCAUAAAAGU